UACAAAUAAUGUUUUGUCUUUUUUUAUCAGAUAUGGGCAUUUAGAUGGAGACCCAAAGGAAGUAUCACCAGUGAUUGACCAGUUUCUGGAGUGUGUCUGGCAGCUUAUGGAACAAUUUCCAUGUGCAUUUGAGUUUAAUGAGAGGUUUCUCAUCCAUAUUCAGCAUCAUAUAUACUCCUCCCAGUAUGGAAACUUCUUGUGCAAUUGCCAGAGAGAGAGGAAAGAACAGAGAGUUCAAGAGAGGACCUAUUCUCUUUGGUCAUAUCUGUGGAAGCAGCAUUUGGAUUACAUGAAUCCCCUUUACAGACCAAACCACAGUCAGACAUUCGGCAUGCUGCGGCCUAAUACAGCACCAUCCUCUUUCAAGUUUUGGAGAGGUCUUUACAAUCGUUUUGAGAAAGGUAUGCACCCCAGGCAGUCAGUGACUGAUUUUCUUCAGGCAGUGAAGGAAGAGACUCAGCAACUUGAGGAAGAGCUGGACUUUAUGGAAAAGAGAUUAGCAAAGCUGGGAACUCGGCAAACCAAUGACGUAAACAAGAAUUUCAAUGACCAGCCGAAAAGCAAUACGUUCCAGAUGUGCAUCACCAAAAACUCGCCUGUCAACACUCCCCAAGAUUACAGUAACAAUCUAAAGUUGUUCCCUUCCCGCAGUCCUUCCCAAGGUGAGGAUGACUCAGCCCUCAUUCUUACUCAGGAUCACUUGAAAAGCUCUGAUCCAGACCUGUCUGCCAACAGUGACCAGGAGUCUGGGGUGGAGGACUUAAGCUGUAGGUCUCCAAGUGGUGGAGAUUCCCUACCCAGCGAGGAUAGUGGAAAGGACCCCGAUUCAGACGAAGCCGUGUUUCUGAAUGCUUAGAUGUGUUUUUAACCUUUUUGUUAUUCUAUUCCGUAUUUAUUUAUAGGGAGUUGUGCAAUGUUAUCUGGGAACAAAAAGCGGAAAAGAAAUAUAGACCCCCUCCUUGGUUCACAUUUUGGGAGAGUGCACUGUGCAUUGAAGACGGGACAUCACAACCUUGCUGGUGUAGUAAUCACAUGCAUUAUGAACUGAGGAGUAUUUCUUCUUAUCCACCUGUGUACUUGGACACCCCUGUGAUAUUAUUUUAGUGUACAAGUCACUCUUUGGUGGCAGCUUUGUAGAAAUGCAGUG